GAUGCGUUGUUUUCGCUGCCGCUUUUUUGUUGGAACGCUUUCGUCGACUUGUUGAUGCUGACGCUGCGCGUCAAUCUCCGUAACUUGUGGCGAGGUUGCCCGUGGGUUGCCCAGAUUGCGUUUCGUUUCGGGUACAGCCGGCACCACCAGCGGCACUCAUCAUUUGGUUGGCGGUUGGGGUUGUGUUGUGUUGACUAGUGCUGACCGUGCUGACCGUGCUGACGGUGUUGUGUUGACUAUCUUACCCCCCAAACGUUUGCGAAGCGAAUGAAAACGACACUUGCGCGGCGGCCGGCCUUAUUGUCUGUGCCGUCUGUGCUUUGUCAGAAAAAAAAGUUAUUGUCUAUAAUAUAGUGAAAAGAAUUUCUGAAGCAAAUGUUCGAAAUAUUUUUUGUGAGGAAACUUCAAUUGACUCGAGCGUAUCGAGUUUUACGUACGAAAAGAAAUUGAACGCGCCGGCAAUUUAUUUUUGAGAAACAUCAGUAUACUUCAACAGUACAUGAAGAACCAACGUGGGAAAAGAGAUAAACCAUAGGAACCUGAACCAUCAUAAAUCAACAAUGAGUAUCAAAAGGAAGCCAGAAACUCAAGUACCGGCGGAGGAGAGCGAUUUGCUGUCGAUAAGGCCAUUGGGAGCGGGUCAAGAAGUUGGGAGAUCUUGUAUAAUGUUAGAGUUUAAAGGAAAAAAGAUAAUGUUGGAUUGUGGUAUACAUCCAGGUUUGUCAGGGAUGGAUGCUUUGCCAUUUGUAGAUUUGGUUGAAGCUGACGAAAUCGAUUUGCUUCUCAUAUCGCAUUUUCAUUUGGAUCAUUGCGGCGCACUACCUUGGUUCUUGCAGAAAACAAGUUUCAAAGGUCGGUGUUUCAUGACGCACGCGACUAAAGCUAUUUACAGAUGGCUUCUUUCUGAUUACAUAAAAGUAAGUAACAUAGCAACGGAACAAAUGCUCUAUACGGAGUCUGAUCUUGAAAGCAGCAUGGAUAAAAUAGAAACAAUAAAUUUUCAUGAAGAAAAGGAUGUGUUUGGGAUCAAGUUUUGGGCUUACAAUGCUGGCCAUGUAUUGGGCGCUGCCAUGUUUAUGAUCGAAAUAGCAGGAGUCAAGAUUUUGUACACAGGAGAUUUCAGUAGGCAAGAAGACAGGCAUUUAAUGGCAGCAGAAAUACCGAAUGUACAUCCUGAUGUGUUGAUAACUGAAUCGACGUACGGGACUCAUAUCCAUGAAAAGAGAGAGGACAGAGAGGGUAGAUUUACAAAUCUCGUUCACGAGAUUGUAAAUCGCGGUGGUAGAUGUUUAAUUCCUGUAUUUGCAUUGGGCAGAGCUCAGGAACUGCUACUAAUAUUGGACGAGUACUGGGGCCAACAUCCCGAACUGCAUGAAAUACCAAUUUACUACGCUUCCUCAUUGGCUAAGAAAUGUAUGGCCGUAUAUCAGACCUACGUGAAUGCGAUGAACGAUAAAAUACGUAGACAAAUAGCGAUAAACAAUCCUUUCGUCUUCAAGCAUAUAUCGAAUCUCAAAGGCAUCGAUCAUUUCGAAGAUAUCGGACCGUGCGUUGUGAUGGCCACGCCAGGUAUGUUGCAGAGUGGAUUGUCUCGUGAAUUGUUCGAAUCGUGGUGCACAGACUCGAAGAACGGUGUCAUAAUAGCCGGUUAUUGCGUUGAGGGAACACUCGCGAAGACUAUACUCUCCGAGCCCGAAGAAAUCACAACGAUGAGUGGCCAAAAAUUACCUUUCAAAAUGUCCGUUGAUUACAUAUCAUUCUCGGCGCAUACAGACUACCAACAAACUUCCGAAUUCGUACGAAUACUCAAGCCACCCCACGUUGUUCUCGUUCAUGGCGAGCAGAAUGAAAUGGGUAGAUUAAAAGCUGCUCUGCAACGGGAAUAUGAGGACGAUCCGAACACCACGAUGGAAAUACACAAUCCUCGUAACACCGUCGCCGUCGAGUUGUAUUUCAGAGGCGAAAAAACUGCCAAAGUAAUGGGUACUCUUGCCAUGGAAGAACCAAAACCAGGACAAAAAUUGUCCGGUGUUUUGGUUAAAAGGAAUUUCAACUAUCACAUGCUCGCACCAUCUGAUUUGUCCAAAUAUACAGAUAUGAGCAUGAGUCAAGUCGUUCAAAGACAAAGCAUUUAUUUCUCUGCUUCUUUACCCGUUCUUAAACAUUUAUUGACACAAAUCGCUGGAAAUUUGGAUACAAUAGAUGAUAAAAAGAUACGUGUUUUCAAAAACGUCGAUGUUACGAUUGAGGGCAAAAUCGUUACUAUGGAAUGGAUCGCGACACCGGUCAACGAUAUGUACGCAGAUUCAGUGCUGACCGCUUUACUCCAAGCAGAAAUGAUGGAACAACCACCAAAAACUCUACCGGCACCCACUAAAAUGGAUAGAAUGCAUUUUAAAGAGUGUCUUAUUGAAAUGCUACAAGAAAUGUUUGGCGAAGAUUCCGUUCCAAAAAUAUUCAGGGGUGAAAAACUUUACGUCACCGUCGACGGUAAAAAGGCACAUAUCGAUCUUCUUAAUCUCGAAGUAACUAGCACCGAAGACGAAAUUUUUCAACAAAUUGUGCAAACAGCUGUUACUAAAUUACAUCAAACAUUAGCACCAACUUGCGACGCUAUAUAAAAUUCCUUCAGUGCUGUAAAUUUUACACUUUUUCAAUAAUUUAUCUUUCACUAUUUCUAUUUCUCAUCUUGUUGAGCAGAGAAAUAAUUUGGCAAGUCAGUAAGGUUUUCCAUUAUGUAUUUCAUAAGUAUAAACAAUGAGAAAAAAUUUCCAAUAAAUAUCAAUAACAAUAAAAACAAAUA